GCCCAAGGGACACAAAGCCCAUCAACCCGGCGGGGACGACGCGCGGGGCUUUCUCUUCCGCCCCGCGUGCCCCGCGCGCCCGCACUAGGACCCCGCGGACACCUCGUCCGGUUUGCACGGCCCUCCUCCUUUUACCACCAUCCCCGGCUAUAAAGAACAGCCGCGGACCCCUAAUCCCCGGCUCGGGAAGACUGGCCGCCGAGCAACCCGCUGCGAAGGCGCUCGGGCCAGGGCAGCUUGCGAUCCAGCGGGAGCCUACGGUGCCCCCCUUCUCCCCCUCUCCCCUUCUCCCGCCCCGCGGAGUACGGGGCUCCGGGCGGGUUGGGAGCGCCCCUGCAGCCUGGACCCUCGGCCUCGGAGGAGCAGCCUGCUCUGUCCCCGAGAAGAUGGCGAGGGGGAGCCGCCACCGCCUCCUCCUCCUGCUGCUGCGCUACCUGGUGGUCGCCCUGGGCUAUCAUAAGGCCUAUGGAUUUUCUUCCACAAAAGACAAUCAAGUAGUGACAGCAAUAGAAUACCAAGAGGUAAUUUUAGCCUGCAAAUACUCAAAGAAGACACUUUCAUCCCGGUUAGAAUGGAAGAAACUUGGGCGGAGUGUCUCCUUUGUCUACUAUCAGCAGGCUCUUCAAGGUGAUUUCAAAGACCGAGCCGAGAUGAUAGAUUUUAGUAUACGGAUCAAAAAUGUUACAAGAAAUGAUGCUGGGAGAUACCGUUGUGAAAUCAGCGCGCCAACAGAGCAAGGGCAGAACUUGGAAGAGGAUACCGUCACUCUGGAAGUCUUAGUGGCCCCAGCCGUUCCAGCAUGUGAAGUGCCCAAUUCUGCUCUGAGUGGAACAGUGGUAGAACUACGGUGUCAAGACAAGGAAGGGAAUCCAGCUCCUGAAUACACAUGGUUUAAGGAUGGUGUCCGCUUGCCAGAGAAACUAAAACAUGGCCCCCAAAGCACGAACAGCUCAUACACAAUGAAUGCAAAGUCUGGAACUCUGCAAUUUAACACUGUUUCAAAACUGGACAGCGGAGAAUAUUCCUGCGAGGCCCGUAAUUCCAUUGGCUAUCGCAGGUGUCCUGGGAAACGAAUGCAAGUAGAUGAUCUGAACUUGAGGGGCAUCAUAGCAGCUGUGAUCGUCGUGGCCUUAGUGAUUUCUGUCUGUGGCCUUGGUGUGUGCUAUGCUCAGAGGAAAGGCUACUUUUCCAAAGAACCUGCCUUUCAGAAGAGUAGUUCGUCUAAAGUCACCACAAUGAGUGAAAAUGAUUUCAAGCACACGAAGUCAUUUAUAAUUUAAAAAAAUUGCAUCUUUCAGAUACCACAAAACUACAAUUGCUACAUGAGUUAUUAAAAGAUUAUAAAACCUUGCUUUGUCUUACAUUUACAUAGAGGUACAUGAGGAAAUAAAAUUGGUAUCUUAUGAUUUUGA